AUGGAGGAUCUAUAUGGAGGAAGAGGGCAGGUGGUGGUGAGCGCGCCGAUACCUCUCGUUUUCUUCAAGUACUCUUGCCACUCAUCUGAUGGAAAACGAGACAAUGCAUAUUCCGGGUUUAACGCGACGCCCAGCACUAACGGUGCGCGCUCAGAGAAAGAUCAGGCUCCGUCUGCACCCAAGGUGUCCUCGACGGCGGGAUCAACGGGAUCUGCGUCCACUGCAUCCGCCUCGCGCACCCAGCGUUCAGGACCACAUAAAGCCCCUUCUAGAUCGGGAACCAUCGACUCGUCGAUUCCACCGACAGCUACUGUCAAACAGCCUGCGCAAACCUCGGCUGCUCCCGCUCCGGCUACUUCCUCUGCCCCCUCUGUUCCCAUACAACAAACCCCGGUCGCCGAAAGGGAUGCAUUCAUUCAACAAAAUUCACAAAUCGAGAGUUUGCAAGCAAAAAUAAAGCAACAAGAGAAAACCAUCCAACAAAAAGAUGCGGAAAUUAAACAGAAGGACGCAGAAAUCAAACAGAGAGGCGAGGAGGCCAGGCAGGCCAGAAACCUCUACGAGCUUUUCAAAAACAAGUCCGAAAAUCUAGAGAGUCAACCAUAUCGACAAGAAGUGGUUUCUAUUCGCCGCCACUUGCAAGUAGAUGAGUUAUGUGAGCCAUGGGAAAUCAACAAGAGAUUCGGCGAAAUCGUGAGGAAGGUCGAGGACAUUUCUCGCGAUAUAGGAGAGGCACUGGGACAACUUCCGGCUGUCUCGAAUCUUACGACACUCGACCUUCUAAGGCUACUUUCGAAGGCAUCGGAAAGCCAGUCUUUGGCUGCCGCGGAGCCAUCAGCCGAAUUAGACACUGAAGAUUUUAUCGAUUUUGGCUGCAGAGCAUUGAUCAACCAAACCCUGUUCGAUGGCAUUUUGAGUCAUUCCGUCUUUCAUCCAGGCUUGACGUCGAGAGAUAAUCAAUUCUAUUAUGACAUGUAUAAGCGGGUGAGGAAUGAAGAAUCCCAAGUUCUUGCUGGACGCUGGCGAAUCUCAACUCUUAAAAUUAUUAAUGAAAGCUACCCCUAUGCACCGAAAGACGAGGCUUUGCGCCUAUGGCACGACACCCUACUCCCAUUUUGCAGUAAGAUAAUCAACCGAGAAUUAUGUUUUGAGCCCAUUCAAUCACUGGUCCCUGAACUUCAAAAUCUAUUCGAGCGGGCAUGGGAAUGGAAUCGACUCACAAGGAACUCGGUUAUUAUGUUGGAUUUUCAUCCAUAUUUACAACCACCUGGUGCCGCAUAUGAUCCUCAAUACAGCACUCUGGAGGGUCGUAGGCCAAAGCAUCCUGCCUCAAACGCUAUUCUGCUAACCAGCAAGCUUGGCCUUUUAUCCUCGUAUUCAGAUGGAAAAGGGAAAGACCUGCAAUAUACUGCUCAAACUAAAGCUACAAUGCACACACCGCCAUUUUUGCAUGACCCCGAUCAAAAAUUCACGGAUUCAGAUAGGUUGGCGCUACUUGUGUUUAGAUAUGAGUCUAUCUUGAUAUCUACUGCACCUGAGCUCGGUAUCAAAGUAGGCGACCGUGAUGCGUGCAAGACUGCUCCAAUCAAAUCGCAGUGCCGUUUAUCAAAGGAGAGUAAAGAUGGCUCGAAUAGCGGAAGCGGGAAGAAAAGGACUGGUGGAGCACAUGCAGUUCGUGGAGAGCCCAUUCUCCUAGUUAUGGAUGCCACCGAACGCGAUAGGUACUGGGAACACCGAUCAGAAAGAGCAGAUCGCCAGCUCAGUGGAUUGAAUCAUGAACUCGAAGCAUCUAAGAAACGAUUAAAGGAGCUAGAAGCCAUACAAUCACAAGUAUCGCCACGAGAUCAGCCUCAUGUCCAACGCGAGAUAGAAAGAACCCAACGUGAAAUUCGCCGUUCGAUUGAUGCUUCCGCACUUUUGCGCACUCACCUUCAGGUCUAUGAUGACAAAGAGCCUGGGGAAAUUACCUCGGCAUUUCGCUCGAUCAACCGAGCUAUUGAUAAUCUAUGUCGUGAUAUGGUCGAAGAUAUGGCCAAAUUACGCCCCGAUAACAAAGGACCACCCGUCAAAACAUCGUUAAAUGUGCGCGACAUGCUCGUCGUACGGCAAAUUCUUUACCCUCAAGGCCUCACGAAUCCAUCGCUCAUCGAGUCUUCGUCUGUGGGAAGGCCGAUAGAAGAAUUUGUAGAAUUUGCGCUCAGGUUCCUUAUAAACAGAGAUAUCGACUACCACAUCUUUCAACCAUUUCACCCACUACUGAAACCAGAGGUAAAUACAUAUGUAAUGGAGCUGUACGAAGGUGUUCGACUUCGAGACCCGCAAGUGAUAAGUGGAAGAUGGCGCGUAUCUACAUUUGAGGCGCACCAAGCAACCCAUACGCAAUCAAACGUUCAAAAUUGGCUAGAUAACUAUGUAUCUCAACUGAUACACUAUCUGCUCCAACCAUUUUUGGUGGCCGUGUACGGUGACUCGGCGCGUAUGACCACCAAACACAAGGAAGCAGUUACCUCCACUGUGAACAAGGCUUAUCAGUGGAACCAGAUGGUUAAGACGCAGGUUAUUCUGCUUGAUUUCCAUCCGGCAAUGUUCCAGACUGGCGCUCCGUAUAACUUGAAGGCUAUGAAACUCCUAGAACGAGUUCCCGCCCCAGCAGCCGGUGAGCCUAUCCUGGCUACAAUGGGACUCGGGCUGGAGUCAUCAGAAGCCGAGGGUGGAGGGAAGCCACCCAAGUGUGUGUGGCAGGAGCAAGCGCUUAUCUUGUCAAACGAGUAUUUUGAGACAUGA